AUGCGGCAUCUCACAACCAAGCAUCAAAAAGAAGCUGAUAAGCCGUUGGAUUUCUUUAAACGAAAGUUAAAAGCUCUUAGUCAGACUCCAGGCAUCCAGUGUCAACGAGUCAACAUUACAAUUGCCGACAAUCUUAUUUUGCCAGCAGAACUUGAUAUGGUUGAAAUUAUGGUCAGUAAGCAGGAGGCAAACAAAUUAAAAAACAUACCACUUUCUGAUAAUACUAUUUCACGCAGAAUAAACGAUAUGGCCAAGGAUAUUCAAGAACAAUUAAUGAACAGCCAACAUUUUGCUUUGCAGUUUGACGAAUCUACAGAUGUUUCCGACUGUGCACAGUUUGUAGUAUUUAUGCGCUUUGAAGCAGAUGACAAAAGCACUUGCGACUACGAUAUUGAUUGGAAAAAAUGUAUCGCUAUUUGUAGCGAUGGCGCUAAAGCUAUGACUGGCAAAAAUAGCGGACUAAUUGUAAAAUUAAAAUUGAUAAUGCCAAACAUAUCCUGGACACACUGUUUUCUUCAUCAAGAGGCUCUAGCUGCUAAGGUAGUACCUCCUGAUUUAAAUGACGUGCUCAAGGAGGUAAUAAAAAUUGUGAAUUCUAUCAAAGAUUUAGCUGUUGAUGGCAUGCUUAAAAUGGAAUUUUAUUUGCAAAGUGUCGACGUAUUUUGGAUGAAAACAAAACACGAAUAUCCAGAGCUGACAAGGGAAGCUCCUAAAUUAUUAACAUUAAAACUAAAAAGAGAAAUAAGACUGCACAUAGAAAAUGAUUUAAUUAUUAACGUUUCAAAAAUAGCACCACAAUUUGAUAAACUUUUGAAAAAUAAACAAGCACAUCCAUCUCGCUAA